AAAACAAACAAUUUCUCCUUUUACUUCAAGUUGUUAAUUUCUUUUAAUUAGUGAACUAUUUCAACUUUGUCUAACUUAAUAAUGCUGAAGGCGAAGAUAUUAAUGCUGGGGCCAUGCCAGAGUGGUAAAACAGUAUUAUCGAAUUUUUUGAGUGAUUCAACAGAUACAUCAUUAGGAGAUUAUCAACCUACCCAAGGUCUCCGUAUUUUAGAAUUUGAAGUGUCAGCAUCAGAAAUCAAGGCAAAAGCAGGAAUGGAAGUUGAAUUAUGGGAUGUUAGUGGAGACAAGAAAUUUGAAGCAUGUUGGCCUGCAAUAGCCAGAGAUACAAAUGGUGUUGUCUUUGUAUAUAAUCCAGAUCAACAAAAUCAUGAUAAAGAAUUAGAAAAUUGGAUAAAUUAUUUUACUACAGCCGGUGUGAGACAAGAUCAAUGUGUGAUUUUCUCCCAUGCUAAACCUAAUGCUGAUAGGCUUAGAUCUAGACCUACACAUAAUUUAAGAAAAAUAACGACUGUACAGACUAACCUGGAGGAGGAUGCUGAUAGUGUACGACAAUCUUUUAAUAAGUAUUUAUCAACAUUACUAACAGCCUUGUCUGAUAAACGUGAACAAGAAGAAUUGAGUAUUAUUAAUCAGAGAUAGACCAGAAUUUUCAUUGUAUAAUAUGUCUUUGUUAAUUUAUUAUUGUAAACUUGUUUAAAAUACAUCAGAUUUUAAUUGAUCAUAGAGCUACACUAGGUCCUUUUGUUGAUCUUCACCAAAAGGGCUGAACAUUUUUUUCAGAACUUUUUAAGUUUCUAAUGUAGUCUAUACCAAUGAACAGUUACUGUGAAACGUUAAGAGAAUACCAAAUGUUUCCACAAACAAUUCAACAAGUUUUUGUUACCUUUUCAAGAUAGUUAACAUGGCUGGUGGUACAAGUGUAUUUAUAAAGCUGAAGCUUCAUAUUGAUUGUGAUUUUAUUUCUACUUCUUUUCUUACCACCCAUAUUUGAUGAAAAACAGCAAAUUGUACUUCAAUGCUUUAACCAAUACAUUCCUGUUUAUCUUGUAUUUUAUUGAGCCGUCCAUUAUUGUAAAUUAUGUUUUACCUAUUAAAUUUACUUUUUCAC